GGAUUUUCAAGCUUCGACACAUCACAAAGUGGCUAGCAGACGACAGCAAUGCAGGAGUCGAUAACAGCGAUGGGUAGGUAGGUGGAUGUGUGUCCGUUGCGUGACACCAUUUUUGUCCUCCCGUGAUCGCUCACGCUGACCUUUUUAUCGGUCGUCCGCACGGUGGGGACUCCUGUAGUUAGCGGUGAGUGCGAGGCGCAUGUGUGACGCACACGGUGUCACCUGGAAGGUUUGGCCGGAGCACACCACACCUGAGAGCGCACCGGGGCGCUGGGAAUGCCGAGUGUACCUGGCCGGCGACGCGCCUUUGAAGACUGCAAACGGCUGUGACGUACACAGCGUGAAGACUUGCGUGUGCGGCGGUUGCCAUGUUACGGGAACUGAUGUUGAAGCGCUGCGUGGCUACGGUCGUGUGGUCGCCGCGGGCUCGGAAGUUGCGUCAGCGCCUGGUUCUGGGGGCGCUCUUUGUACUGACGCUGAUGGUCCUGGUGGUGCGCCUGGAAUUGGAGCUGGACGCCAGUUUCGUGGAGGCUAACACCCUCGUACUGCAGGGUGGUUUCCCCGCCAUCCUCAUCAAUAGCUCGUCGCUGGUGUCCUCGCAAUCGCUCAGGUCAUCCUCGCUUUCUUUCGGCGGGACGAUGGAUUUCAAGAUGGCAGCGCUGGUGGAGAAGCAGAAGCGGAAGUGGCUGGCCACGUCCUACAAGCCUCGGCUCGGGCGGCACGAGCGGGAGCCCAGGUGCAGCAAGCUGAUUGUGGACGAUGAGGAGGAGCAGGCCAGGGCCAGAAAGUUUAUGGAGGAACACGAGCGACUCGAGAAACCCCCCUUGGUGUACCUGCAGGAGACGAAGAACUGCAGCAGAUUUGUGCAGGAGCGCGGCUACAUCAUGUCUGCCACGGAGGAAGAGAAGGCCUUCCCCAUCGCCUACAGCAUCAUGAUGUACACGGGCGUGGAACAGACAGAGCGUAUGCUGCGCGCUAUCUACCGGCCGCACAACUACCAUUGCAUUCACGUGGACAAGAAGGUGCCGGAAGACAUCAUGGCGGCCAUGCAGGCCAUCGCCGAGUGUUUGCCCAAUGUGUUCAUUGCCUCAAGACUCAAGGAGGUGUACUGGGCCACCUACAGCUCCUUGGAGGCGCUGAUCUACUGUAUGCAGGACCUGUUCAAGGCCUCGGCCUCGUGGAAAUACUACAUCAACCUCACCGGCCAGGAGUUUCCCCUCAAGACCAACCUGCAGCUGGUGAAGAUCCUCGAGGCCCUCAACGGCUCCAACAUAGUUGACGCCUCCACAGACCCAGACAUGACGUCACGAUGGUACAACAAUUUCCAGCCGCCGCACGCCAUUAUGCCCUACAAGGGCAUGGUGUUUAUCAUAGCGUGUCGAGGCUUCGUCGACUACUUACUACAUUCCCACGUAGCUCGCGACUUUCUCCAGUGGGUGAGCAACACGGAGAUGCCCGACGAGACCUACUUCCCGUCCCUCAACCACAACCCCCAUUUGAGGGUGCCCGGCUCCUACAGAGGCUCCCCGGACACCAACGCUCUCACCAAGCCCUACCUGGCGCGCUUCGUCAACUGGAACACCAACUGGAAAGAUGGCGUCGGGCGCUACAACUUCCGGUUCCCGUGCCACGGGAAGCGCGUGCGCAGUGUCUGCAUAUUCGGUCUGGGUGACCUUCGCUGGCUGACCUCGCGCAAGGAACUUUUCGCGAACAAAUUCUACGCCGACUUUGAGCCUUUGACCCUCCGCUGCAUGGAGGAGUGGCUGCUGAACAUGACGGUGGCCGAGUACUCGGGACGUUUGCUACUCAACGUCUCGUAUUACGCCAGCUUGGACAUCGUCCGCAACAAAGUCGUUUGACGAGGGAAGACGCGAGCGCCACCGACCUGAGCUGAGUCACAUGACCAGCGUUCUGUCCUGACGCCUUUCAGACAAUCCCGAUAGAAGAAGCUGCCCAGUGACUUAAUUCUUGGAAAAAAUGGCUUACCUUGAGUGACAGGAUGCAUUAAUGGAGUGAGUAGUGUCCUAGUAUGUUUACGAUUGGGGUGUUGGGGUACCGUGGACCAAGGGAGGCAGAAGGCGAGAAAUGGUGGACCAGGUUGAUGCGUGGUUGAAGAUUUCAAAGAAUGAUGCUGCGUGUGAUGUAUGCCAGGAUGGCGUCUGCACGCGACAAACAUUAAUUCACAGAGUGAAGUUGAAACUAUUCCACAUAAGACUAAAGAUCUUUAUUUUCUGUCUUUUUUCUUUACGGUCACAGGCUUCGGGGUUUUCUUAGCACUCAGGCGUGUCUGUUGGUACACGUUGCCAAGCAUUACACAAGAGUAACACCAGGUAAUGAUUAAGCGAAAAAGUUUGGUUCCUCUGGCUUCUGUUUAUCAAUUAGUAAUUUUUUUCUGCUCGCUUUUGACGGGGGGUGCAACUAAGGGAGUGGGGAGGGAGAGAAAUUCAGUUUCAGCUCUGGACAGUAAUAUUUCAUCAGAAUAGAAAUCCCUUGGUAAAGGUUUUGCCUUUAAGUACUCACCAUUUCCAGUGGAUCAGAAAACGGAUAUGGUGGAAGAUUUGGAAAGCCUUUUGCUUAGCGUGGUUCUUGCCGUAUAUAGAUUUUUUGUUUUGACGGGUAGGAGCAAACUGUGAACUAGUGAAAUGCUGGUGUGUAUCUAUUGCACGGGAGUAAUGUACAGUUGAUGUUACCGCUGCUGGUGCUCUCUACCGGUCAGCGGUAGGUCGUCCACAUGAUCUCAACCGUCGGUGUAUCGGUAAGUGUGUCUGAUGAUGGGAGUGCAAACCGCGUGGAGUGGCGUGCACACAGUGCGUGUACCGUGCAUGCAUAUUGCACACUUGCGAAAAGUGCUUCAAGAUGGACUGCUUGAAUUUCGUGAUAUUUUUCUGCUUUAAUUUGAGUAAUCGAGUUGGAAAUGAGCACAGGCUGUGUCCAGGCCUGUGUGUCAGGAAGUCCUAACAGACACAGAGAUUGCGCCAUUGAUAUUUGUCGCCGUCUGAGUCUUUCAGUGUUCUUUCUUUUAUCUUCAGUCACGUGUUGCUUAUGUGUGUGUGUGUGGUGGGGGCGGGGAGGUGAGUGUAAUAAGCACCUAGCUAGUGUUCGAUUGUAUAUGUAAAUGAGCCAAUUUUUCUCAGAGUAGGCUUAAAUUAUGAAAAGAUCUUUUCAUUUUGUCAAAGAGAGACUAAAUCUCAUGGCACAGACACCAUCCGGACUCCAACUAGGUCUGCAGCAGUUUUCAUCCCGUGACCAAGCUGCUGACAUUCGUGUUUCGUUUGUUUCAUCCCUUGUGUCUUCCGCUGCUUAAUUUCUGCUUGGGAGAACGUUUUCAAAGCGUUCAUCCGCCUGAUCCAUAUUAAUUAACAAUCGGAAUAAUUCCCCUGACAGGCAGGUCUACGUAUCGACAUUUAAUUUGCUUUUUUUUUUUCCCUGAGGUUUGAGAUUUAGCUGCUGAUGAAAAUCGUUGUUGUUUUCACGGUGUGGUUUAUUUGAAUAUGUACAGCAUCGUAGAGUAUUUUCCACGCUUUGACCUGGUGAGAGAGAGAGUCUUUCUUGCAAGUAUGACAAGCGAAGGGAAGUCGUAGGCUGUGUGUUAGGUAGUCAGGCUGAGUGAGGAUGCCUGUGUACGGUAACAGCAACACACAGACACACAGACACACACCUCUGUCAAGUAGUGCGAAGUAUGCAAGUCAUGUUGGGCUCCUUUAUCAUGUUGGUUAUUGUCACCCUCGGCACUAGUCACCGUCAGGGCCAGUUCUGUUAGUUGGGGUCAGGGUUCACUGCCUCGCUGUGGCCGACUCCACGUGUCUGGGUGUCUCCAGGAUGAUUACUAGGCAAGGCGUUGUUACGUGCACCCGGAAUCUCAGUCUCCUUUGUUUAUGGUAGUCCACAACUUCUUGUCCUCCUAGUGACGCAGCGCCACCUAUAUGAUUAACCCUUGGUUUCUCACCAGAUAUUGUUCAUUACUUGUGCGUCCCCCUAGUACCACUACCACUGUUAAUUUGAACCAUUUUGAUACUUAACAAAAAUAACUUAAUCAGUGGUUUAUUGCUUUUAAAUAUAAUUGUAUUUAUAUUUAUUUGUAUUUGGUAAUGUUGUUUUUGCCCCUUGAAACAGUCAGCCAUACCGAUGAAAGCCUAUGUCGUUGUGCCGUGUGACAGAAGACAGAAAGUAUUUAAACACUGAUGUAGUGUGUAUGUAGUGAACAAGUUUGCCACUGUAUGCUAGCUGUGGGCACAGUCCGUUACAAGAAAUCACAGGUGACAGAAAAGACAACCCAUUGUUGGGGCGCCUGUGUCAAGGGGCGAUUCCACCUCAGGCCAUAGUGGGUUCGACUACCGCUUACAAUUCAUGUUGAAAUAGGAAUUUUGGUUUAGUCUCAUCUCUCGGCAUUGGUCGCACGUUGGUCUUUGUCGCUUGCGUCGUUUGUGCGCGCGCGCAUUUGCAUAUCCACUCAGUUUGAAAGCUUAAGAUUUGAUCAACUCGAUUUUGCGUGUCUCUUUGAUGUGAAUACCUAAAGGCUAGGUGUGAAAGAGUACAGGUGUGCUCUUCCUUGGAUUAGAAGGUAACUUGUUGCCCAGUGUGACGAUACUAUCAUUGGCUAUGGUGUGUCUCACUCUGAGUCCUUUAUGCGCACUCGUGUCCGCAAAAGAAUAAUUUGAAUAAACUGUAAUCGGUGGUCGGAUCGACUAUGGAAAGUUGUUUACUCGACGGAGCUGACGUCAUCAAACGUUUGACCAGUUGUUUGCAGAGCUGUGGGUGAAGGUAGCUGGGUGAAGGUAUUAGGGCCUACGUUUUCAACAUUAGAACUUGGACUAUUUAGUCAGCAUACUGAGACCAAUCUUGUUUGCCAAUACCUUUGCCACUAUAAUGAGACAUUUCUCCAAGGCACCAGGGUUUGACGCUUCGGAACUUCACUUGGUUACCAAAGAACUCCUCCGUGUUCCUCACACAAACCCCUUUAUUGUUGUAGGGAUCCGCUGCUAGAGAAAGAAACAGCUUAGACGAAUAACAACGCAGAAACACGAGUUUUGUGGAGUUUUCGUCCUUCAAUGACUGGACCCAGAACAAGCUCACCCGCCCUUGGGUCCGACCCACCGAUACCUGUCGUUAGGGGUGGUGUGGGGAGUGCUUAUGAGACGUGGCCAUGUUUAAAGAUUUGUCUACUAUUUUAGUAGGGAGGCGCACGGUUUCCAUCAGUAAUAAUAAUUACCUCGAGUCAGAUGUACGAGAAAUUUCAAACGCGUGCGUUUGGUGUAGAAAAAUGUGGCGACAGAAAUUAAGUACACGGAUUCUCUCUGGUCACAAAUGGCUGUUUGGUUUUAUUUUGUUGACAACAUUUUAGUGCUCAAGCCUUCGUACAAAGUUCUGUGUGUUUGAUAAAGCUGGCGUUGUUCGUGCGACCACCCGGUCUGUACCACCCUCUAGUACCUCUGUCGUGGACUUUGAAACACCAGACUUUAGUUCGGGUGGGUGAAUGGCGCUCACACCCUACUGUCCACAUUGUGUUCACUUGGACUCUUGUCACUGCAGGGAACGGCUUGCAGUUUUGUUUCAUUUUACGACUCUUCUUUUUGUGAGUUUGCUCUUUGACUGUUCAGGUAUUUAUUUAUUUUUUCAGUAUUUUUUUUUUUUUUUUUUCGUCGAGCUCAAGUCAUGACGUGACAGACGAGCUCAGUGAAGGAAAUGUUGAUGACGACAGCGGCCGACUAGGGCGUGUCCGAGGUUUUCCUUUUCGUUAUGGAGACGACUUCAUUGUUUACCCCGCACCUGAUUAGUUGUUACACCUACAGUAGUUGGUGACUUCUUCACACCCUUCCCCCUCCCGGUCUUUCUCUUUAACCUUUCAUGUUUUGCACCUGCAAGCUGCGAUCGUAAUCUUUAGUUUGUCAACGCACAGUCAGCUCGCUGAACGGCAGCGAAAUGCGCUGUACACGUGCUUUAUUAUGAUGAUUAUUUUUAUUAUUAAUCAACCGUAGACUAUAGUCAUGAGACUCAGAGGUUACAAAACCUUGUUUGAAAUCAUAAACGGUAGAUUGUGUUCGUUUGGCAGUUUUGAAGAUGGGUGGGGUGAAGUGGGUGGGCGUGACAGAAAACGUUUUCAAAUUUGGUUCAUCGUUUCACGGUUUUGGGAUUUUAUUAGGUUCGGUUGGUGGGUGAGUUGGCUUUUUUAAAUAUUCUAAAUCCUGUUUGUUGCCGAUUUUAUCUCGAAAAUUUUUUAUGUUUGACUUCGUCCAGUAAAAGUUAGUAUGUAAUAACUGUGUGAAAGUUUCAAAUCUGAUCAAUGAGUAGAUUUUGCUUGAUAUUUCUGACAUUUCAUGGGUGAACCUGUGUGUGUGUGUUUUGUGGGGACUGGGGAGGGGAUGCGGGUAGUGAUUGGACUUCUUAUUCGAGCGAAAUAAUGUAUAACAAAAGUUGCUGACUUCAAAAGGCGAGCUGUUAUUCAGUCGAUGUAUUUUCAUCUGCCACGAUGUUUUAAAAAGUUCUCCCAUUGCUGACGAAGUUGAAGAAGGCACUUUCCAGGAUAACAGGGACGACUGUUUUAAAAAACAGACUGUUUAAUUUUUUUUUCAACUGGUUCGGCGAACAUUUAGAUAUGAUUUUAAUGGAAGCACUUGAGUCGUUGACGACAGUUUUCCCGGGUAGAGAUGGGAGUGUGGUGGCUUUCGUGUGAUGUCAGUGUGUUUGUUGGUAGGUUGUGUGUAGUUUGAUGGUCUGUAGAUCGGAGGUGUUGUGUGCAGUUUAAUGGUGGGUGGCAUGGCUUGGUGGUUCAGUGUUCCUACCGCACUCCGCUGUGUCAGUCGGUACAAGUAGCUCGGCACAUUCCCUCGCCUCCCACAUUCCCUAACAAGCCUCCACUCAGUUCAUAGAAAUCGUACAAGACCUGAGAUUAUUUUGACAAGACUGAACGGUGUGUCUGUGGUUACAGAGAAUAUUAUGUGUAAAACAGUUCUUUUAUUAAAAGUGAUUUUAGAACCAGCAACGAGAGAGGCAAGUAGUUCCAAGUUCAGCAUCCGAUGUGCGUGUUAAGGGAGAUAAAUCUGCACAGCGUCUGUCUUUCUAGUUGUCUCCCAUUGGCUUACAGCCUUUGCUCAAUUUCUAGACUAGGAGCGCUAAGUAGAAUACGCCCAAAUGUGAAACAGCAUUACUGUUAGGUUCCUUAUAUUUUUCUGUUGGUGCAAAAAUUGCGGCAGGUUUUUUUUUUUAAUAGAUCGGCUCUAUUGCCGGUGCCUCAACUUUGUCCUCGUUGCUGUUUUGGAGAUUUUACUUGAUAAACUGAAUUUCUCUCUUAACAAGGUCGACUGGCAUUUAAAGACAUUGAGAAGGAAUAUUUUACAACACAGCAUCAGUCUGUUUGUUCAUGGGUCCGUUGGUUAUUAUCUUCAACAGAAAUGAUGGGGAUAAAAAUUUAAUGUCUUCCUAUUUUUCAUAAAAUGGGAACAGCUUUUUUUUUUGUUUGCGCAAAUGUGUCAUAGCAUACAAAGCAUUGGUACUAGCUGUGACACUUGGGUCUAAGUGCUGUAUCGUAGUUUAAUCCUCAUGCUGCGACUGUUCGAGAAGCCUCUGCAGGCAGAGGUAUCCAAGUAUUGGCCGUCUGACAUAGCUGCUGGAGUCCUACUGUGUAAGAGAUUUCGUAUCAUCCCUUGCCCACUAGAAAUCCUGAGUGUGUAGGGUCACCCCACCCUUCCUCUUUGUUUUCCCCCGCCCAUAGGUAAAACAUACCCAACACGACUGAGCGUCUGUGGUCUGGACUCAUGCCUUGUGCUGCUCCAUGUCUACAACUGUAGACAGCUGACUACCCGCAGCCUCGCUCUCGUGCAGCCAGGGAAGACGCACGUGCAGGCUUGGGUGAGCGCGUGUGCUGUGGGACAACUGAAUGAUGUUGGUAGGACUCUAGACAUAUUUCUUUCCUUUAAAAUAAAUUGUACGAACAAAUUUAGUUGACAAAAUAUUUUUGUCUAAGAUUCGGUCGACAUUUUGGGGAUCAGCAACAGCGCAUGUGCAAACAAAAAGUGGAGUGGACGUACCUGUCUACAUCUAGGCCUCGUUUUGCUAAAUUAAGGGGCGGCAGGGGUCAGCAGUCCAUUGUGUAAUGUAAAUCUGUAGGAAUUUCAUAAAGUGUCCGAGUCGGAGAGGGCUUGGCACAAGGCACAGAUUAUUGACAUCACUGACUCACCUGUGCUGACGUGGUGCAAACAGGGGUGAGCUGUCUGCCAACUGACACUUUGGUCUUUGUCAGAAACAUUCACACCUUCAACCUCUACAUUCCUGUUGAAUAAAGAACACUAAUCUCGCCGUUGUACUUUGAGACUUGUUUGAGUAGUAUUUUGAUAUACUCGUAUGAAAACAUGUAAGGCCGUCAAUUAUUUAUUUGAUCGAAAUGUGGAAUUGUGGUUUGAGGGCUGCGAUCGGUGGGUGUGUCUUUUUGGUUUGGCUACGUGACCUCAUCUACCAUCUGCUUGUGGGGACUGGGAUGCUGAAUGAUUUACAAUUUCACAGAGACGCAUUAUAUGAAUUUCAAUGGUUCAUGGCUACAAUUUUCUCUUCCGUGUGAAUUUUUGUCUGGUUUAAUGUCGGUUUAAGCGAGAGACAAUAGUGUGUUGUAGUAUAUUGAAAAAAAAAGCUGACAUUCAGAUAUCCCGGCCUGACUUCUCACACAACAAGAAUUUUAUAAAUGGGCUGGACUGAGUAAGAAUCUGACCAUAAAUCUGGAAAUCUGGGCUCUUGUUUGGUACACAAUUUUCUAAAUUGCAGAGCUUAGAAGUGUUUGAAGUAUUAUUGUCGUGCGAAAAUUGUUCUUAACUUGCUGUUUAGUGUGAGGUGUGCUGAUGCGUGAGAACGAAUGAAAGAACUAAAGAAAAUGCCUGGAAGUUUAUCAGACAAACAGAAUCUUUGCUCAUUAACUUGUAGGAUGUGUAAUCACACUCUGCAACAAAUGUGAUCACAAUUUUUAAUUGUUCUUUUAGGACAUUUUAUUUUUUACAAAAUUCGGUAUGCAUGAGAUUAAUAUUGUCUUAAAAAGUCGUUCACAAAGAACGCGAUUUUUUUAAUACCUUUUCUUUCUCACCUUUCCAUGGGAAGUAAAAACAGUGAGAAUAACAUUCGCUAGAGUCCGCUGUCUCCAUAACAACACAACUCUUUGUUUGAAAAGCUAUUAUUUUGAAAUCCGCCUUGAUGAAGGCUUGCAUAUGAUAAGUUCAGUUUGCUUUUGUGUAUAAAAUUUGUAUUUCAUUUUUCUGGUCGCCUUUGCGUUUAGGAGGGCAGCGGUUAGCACCUGUCACCAAUACAGUGAAAGUUGGCUGUCCCGGGUUCCGAUCUCGUCUGGGACACGCUGUUCUUUCUCUGCAUAGAGUGGCUGCCUUGUAUAGCCUUAGUUGCUGGCUCGGCGUGAAACACCAGCCACCCACCCUCAACCCCAUUUCUUGUUUACAAACAGUUUCCUCUUCUCUAUAACCGGUCAUGCGAUUGUUACCUCUCUGUGUACAUAUUAACCUUAGUUGUAUUGUGUUCAUGAGGAUCUUACCUGCUCAGUAUUGAACUUGUUUCAUUCACAAGAAAAGGUAUAUUUCCUGCUUCUGUCAACGGAUUUUUAAACUGCUCAGUGUUGCAUUUGUUUUUCUCCCCUGCUGAGGGGUUGGCCAAAAUGGAGAAAAAAGCUGAGAAGGGAGACAGACUCCCUGUGGAUCCUGUCCUGUGUUAGCUGUUGAGGUGAUGCUCAGUGAAAACAUGUCAAACGCAAAGCUUCACGCUCAAUGAAUGAGUGUGCAGAAAAUAAUUGCUUCAGUUCCUUAUUCUGUUUUCUUUUACCUACAUUUUAAUUGUUUACAACUUAAAGUUUUCGUGGUAAGGGGUUCUGGGACAUGUUAGCUGCAGUAUCUUGAACUGCACUUAAUGUCAGCAAUGUUAUUGUGUAAACUAUGACUGUCUAUGUUGACAUUGUGUGUACUUACACGCUUGUUCACUGCACAGUACGCGUUCAUGCGUGUAUGUGUGUGUGUGUGUGUGCGUGUAGUAGACUGUCAACUUGCUCACCUGUAGAUGCGUGUAUCCAUGUGUAUCUGACUCUUGUUUCGUUUAUGCUUUGCGAUAUAGUCGCGUGACCAUUGAAUUAAAAAUGUACAUCGAGGAAACCCUGA